GUUAUCUGGCAAAACGUUCUACCGAUAGCUGCGCGGCCGUAGGCGAGAGCGACGAGCCGUAAACUCGUUUGUGACGACAUUGAGACGCGAACGGCUUGUUAUUUCGAAACUGGACGAAAAGAGGGGAUAAAACAUCAUACUAACCAAAGUUCAUAUUCACAGUCUCGGUUCUACGCUUCGUCGUAUAAUAUAUAUUCGACGACAAUGGUAAAAUAGAAAUAUCGCGAUAAUGAUAUUAUAUUCGUGAAAUAGAAAUCGUUGUGAGUUUUCUUUUUUUUUCCUUUUUUUCCCCUUUUUUCACGUCAGCGUUUCGUUGUUUUAAUUUUAUUAAUUUUAGCGAUCACGCUACCUCGAGGAUUUAGUGUGGUCACGUAUAACAAUAGUAGAAAUAUAAACGACCAAGGGAAUUAAUAUUGACGACUGAGAAAACUGAAAGAAAAAAAAAAAAAAAAAACUACGAAAUAAGAACGUGGGUGAACGAUUUUCUAUGACGAUUAAACUCGUAUCGCUAAGAUCGAUUAUGCGAUAUAUCGAGAUACGAUAAUUACAAUGUUACAACAUUAUCACUGAAUUAUUCAUCGAGAAAAUUACAUAUUUCUUUGGAAAAUAAUAGUGAAUCGAUCGUCCGAUAUAUCUCGUACGUAAGAUUAAUUCUUGAAAUAAUUAUAAUCGAGAUAUAACAGUGUAAUAUCGAGAAAUAUUCAAGCAGUUAACGGAAAAUAUAAUCUGGUUAAGUGUCGUUCAAUAUCCACCUAUUAUAGAAAAUAAUAUUCCACCGAGGAUAUAUACUUAUAGAUGAACGACGUAUUAAUCAAAAGUUAAGAUUUCAAGAACUCAUUCGUCAAAGUGAUUUAUUUCACGAUUUGAAAAUUUAGAAAGAUGGAUCGACGGACAAGUCCGACGAGCACUUUAUAGCCUGUUUGCUGCUUCUUGAAUUCAUUAGUUAAAAAGUUAUAUGUACAUAUAUACGUAUAUAUACUUAUGCGCUUAACACAUGUGUAUAUACAAACGAGUGUCAGUGGGACCAAAUUAAACUCGGCAGAUAUUCCAGAAAGAUAACCGUUAUCAACGUUCGAUUCUCGCGGAAGGCACGUUUUAAACUGUGUAUACAUAUAUAUAUAGAUAUAUGUGUGUACGUGUAUAUAUAUUUGUGUGUGUUCGUGUGUAUGUACGUGUGUCGAGUCGAGUCGAGUCGCCAUCGAAAAAGUUGGUAUAAUUUACGAGCGUACGAAAACUUAAACGAGUUCCAACGAGAAGGAGGCCGCAAUCAUCUUCCACCAUUGCCACUGCCACUAUCGUUUCUGUCCUUAAUUGCUCCAAGUAUUUUAUUUCAGUCUUUCGGUUUUAAAAAUCUACGAAUGAACGAAUUAUAUCUCUAUAAUCAAAGAGAUAUAAAUACGAUUUUACGAUGACGAACGAAGGAUUAAAAGGAUAUAACAUGGAGUUCAUUAAAACGGAUCUAUUGCCGGAAAUGGUUUAUAAUCGGUGUUUUUGCGAAUCAGGUUCACGCGAAUUCGUCGAAUUCGAAUCAGCUAUCGUCGAAUCACUCGAAACACCUGAUCAUUCGAUAAAACCAUGGGAAUUGUAUCGUGUCAAAGCCGUCGUAAGAUUUUCUGGUGAACCAGUGAGUUUCCCUUUGAUCGUGAAACUACUUCCAUCGUCCGUUCAAUCGGAAAACUCAUUCGGGCGUUUUCAAAAUGAAGAAAUGUUUUACAGUAAAAUGAUUUCGUUGUAUGGUAAAGAUCUAUUUCCAAAGUGUUACGCUUCGGACAUGGGACGAUACGGAAUGCCGGUCAUUGUACUCGAGGAUUUAACUGCGAAUGAAUACGAAAUGAUUCAAGAAAAGAGAGGGAUGAACGAAGAAGAAUUGAAGUUAUCUUUGAAAACUCUUGGAAGAUUUCACGGGAUCGGUUUGAGAUUGAAAAAUGAAAAGUUCCAACUUUUCCGAGAAUUUUACAUGAAACUUUCGAAUACCGUCCUUUCGAAGGAUCUAUCCGAGAAAUCCAUCGAUGAUAAUUCGUUGGAAAAUUCAUCGCUGGUAAAAGAAAUGAAGAAACUGUGGGAUAAUAAUAUCGGGGAGAAUGCGAGUGAAACUUGUACGAACGUCGAUGAUAUUUCAUGCAUAUGUCAUGGUGAUUUUUCCAAGAGGAAGGUGUUGUUCAAACGCGAGAAGAACGGUACUCCGAUCGAUGUGAAAAUGAUCGACUGGCAAACAAUGAGAUAUUGCUCGCCUGCUAUCGAACUCGUUAUCAUUUUCAUCAUGAAUAUUCCGACGCCAUCUCGAGAUCAGCGUUUCCUUCAGGAAAUAUUGACGGUCUAUGUUGACGCCGUUAGAAGUGAAUAUACCUCGAUAACGUGUGAACGAUUGAUUGAACAGUUAUCAUCAACAUCCUUAGACUAUUUUACUUUAUUACUCCAAAAGGAUACCGUGAAUAAAGAGAUAGUUCAACAAUGGAUAGAGUUUAUUCAAUCUUUUCGCGAUUUUUUACGUGAUUAAAGAAAGAAGUUAAAUAUAUAUUAUUUAUUUUUUUUUAUAUAGAGAUUAAUUAUCAAUAAUAUAAUCAAUUAUAUGUCGGAUGUGUUUAUUUAUUUUAAUUUUACACAUAGUACAUUGUAAUGCUUUGCGUUUCACUUUAUAUCUUGUUUUCUUUUUAUACGUGUGUUUUUGACAAAGGAAAAGAAGAACAGGAAAAAGAAUAGAAAAAAAUGCUUGAACUUGAGGUCAUCGAAAAAACGUUCUUUCUCCGUGCUCUCGUUCAACGUUUAGAGAUAGAAUUUUUCAAUCCUAAUAUCAAUGUAUCGAUAUUGCCGUUCGUGCGUGUAUAUACCUGUAUAAUGUAAUACCUAUGUAUAUGUACGUUAUCUUAAUAUACUCAACUAUCUCUUUCAAUAUUUUUACAAAAAUAAUGUAAAAAAAUAUAGAUAGACGAAAGAUUAAUAGAUAAAACAACAGGAAAUUAAACCUCUUUUAUCGAUUCGAAAGAUUUCUUUAAAAUGUAAUUAAAAGCGUUACUACUCACCAGUUUUAUACAUAUAACGUAUCCAUUAAAAAAUUUUUACUUAA